AUGGCAGUACAAGAUUCUAUUCAGUGCUUUGCAUGCUCCGUCCAGUUCUUGAACCCUGAGCUAUGUUUUGAGCAUUGUCGACUUUAUCAAUAUGAGGCCACGUUAUUGCUUGCAAAGGGGAAAGAGCUUAUAAUUGAGGCCCUGGGUCAUGAUCUCUCUGUCGAAAUCAUAGCGCUGCUUGCUAGAGCACAAGAUCUUCUUUCUCACCACGGUUCACUCGCAAUACCCCUUGCGCCGCUCGACGAUAACCAAAUGGUUCAGGCAACGCAACACGCGACGCCGUCGGGCUUUAGUGCCCUCACAAUGAUUGUGAUGGUGAAUCAUAGACCUUCUCUAGAUGGCAAGACCUUAAGCGAUACUAUGCUCUACUUUUGUGCCAGUCACAUUACUUUGAAGGAAGCCAUGGCUCAUACUUGCAAGGAUGUCGCGUCUUCCCAAAUCAUGCUCAUCAAGAGGCAGCGGCGAACAUGGCGCAGAAGACUACGUGAGGACAUGACGAAGGUUCGAUUGUUGAAGAACAAUGUCAAGAACAAUGUCAAGCAACUUAACCACGCCGCCGGAUCAUCCUCGUACGGAGAAGAGCCAGAAAGUCCAAGCGAUUGUCCAAGAAACGCCAUGAUCACUGGUCCGGCCAAUCUCAUGUCGAGUAUUGCCGGUGCAGAAGGGUCAGCUCCGAAUGCCACAAUUCCGCCACCAUAG